CGUCGGGGUUUUUAUCUGGUCCGUGGCAGGAUUAUUCCCCGGACCUGUGGACAGCCGGUCAACACGUACCGCAAAUAGCUGGCCAUGGCGUCUGAAUUUAUUGGCUAUAAUGUGCUUGUGACCCUGCGAGCGCCACCGAACGCGACGGUGCAGGGACAAGUCGCUAAUGUCAUCGGCCAACGUCUAAUGCUUCGAAAUGUGACACUUUCCUGGCUCGGCCACCAACUCCCUACGUAUUCCAUCGAAGCUCCCGAUAUUGCCGAUCUCUCUCUUGGACCAUUGACUCAGCCCAUCACACAGCAUCCACCCCCGCUUCAUGGAACCCAGAGCACAGCCUCCGCUCCUGCAGUGCGCCCUGCGUCCCAGUCUUUCGUGGACCCAGCGAUCCUAAGCUUUUCAAAGCCACCCUCUGCACCAUCUGGUCAGGGUACGGAGGGAUCCGCACAACUUCCAGCUGCGUCCAUCAGCGAGUCUACCUCGCAAAACAUUCAAUUCCCGCACCUCGCUCAUCGUGACCAGGCUGCUGUACUUAACGAACCUUUUAGUAACCUGGAGCUCGACGUUGGGAGAAACACAGAGGAGAAUCGCAAGGCGGGUCAAUCUGGUCCCGUCCCCGGUGGAAGGGAGAAUGUGAACUCGUCGCAACCAAGUCCUCAAACUGGCCCGAAGGCCAAUCGUCGCACUGGCCAAACAAGGACCCCUAAACCAGUCAAUGAGCAUGAUGGCGCAACGAAUACGGACCCCAAAAGCAAGGGCUGGCGCCAAACUGCUUUCGUCGAACCUUCUUAUCUGCACUUGAACCGGUCGCUCAAUAAACAGCGUCGGAAGAAGAAGAACAAAACAGGAUAUGUGGAGGACCCGAAUGGUUGGGCAACGGAAGAUGCCACGGAUAUCCAGGAGAUGGGGGACUUCGAUUUUCAGAGUAAUCUCUCUAAAUUCGACAAAAGAAAGGUGUUCGAAGAAAUUCGCAACGAUGACACUACUGCUGAUGAGGAUCGGUUGGUCAGCUUCAACAGAAAGCCCCCCAAGCCUGGAACAAACGGUGGUAAAAAUUUGCACUGGACAGAAAACGUUCUCGAUAGCCCGGAGAGUGAGAGCGAGGAUACUGACCAAGUACCCAGCGAUGCAAAGCUAAGUAGCGGUACCUAUUCUGGCCGCGAGCGGUCCCGAGCGUCCAGGGCACCCAGUUCCCGUAAGGGAAGCGCCAUUUUGGGCCAGCCGUUGGUACCACCGCAGAUAAAUUCUCUGGGACGCAGUCAACUUAGCACUUCUCGCACCACCAGCCCUCGGCCCAAUAAGUCGUCCGUUUCCGCAUCCCCGAUCAGUGGUCCCGGUGCACCAGGAGCCUCCUUGCGGCUCACUACCACCAAUCGAAGCUGUCCAACUGUGAGUCCACUGCAGGCCCUUGAGGUUGAGCAGAUAGCCGUGGCCGAACUGGGCCUGACCGAGGAUAUGAUCACGGAAAAUACGGGGCGCGGUAUUGCAGAAGCUGCUGUUGGUCUUCUUUCGAGCGAUGCAGCUGCACCCACGAUGCUGGUGCUUACGGGUAAUCACCGAACCGGGGCACGGGCCGUCUCUGCGGCCCGUCAUCUCCGCAAUCGGGGCCACCGUGUGACUGUGUGUAUGCUAGGCAUCGAGCAUGAGAAUGAGUUACUAGAGAGUUGUCGUAAGCAGCUUGAAGUGUUCAAGAAGAUCGGCGGACGAGUCCAUAGAUGGGAGGACCUAUCGACCCGGCUUUCGACAUCCGAGUUUGCGCCCGACUUGGUUGUCGAUGCGUUGUUCGGUAUCCAUAUAGCUUUCGAUGAUCUCCGCACGGAUGACCAAGCGACUGCGUUUGAGAUGAUCUCGUGGGCCAAUCGAAGCAACCUCGAGAUUCUGUCUGUUGACGUGCCUUCGGGGUUGUCUGCUAUCAGUGGCGAAGUCACUACGGUGGAAGGUGGUCGGCUGUGCGUCAGCUCCAAAUCGGUGGUUUGUCUCGGGGCCCCGAAAACAGGGGUAGUCAAUGCGCUGCUUUCCGGUGAGGGACUUUCAUGGAAUCUCUCGGUGGCGGACAUUGGAAUUCCUCAGAUAGUGUGGAGAAAAUAUGGCAGCCGGCGGCGACAUGGGAUUGACUUUGGGAACCGCUGGGUGGUACCGCUCCGUUACCAACCUUCCCCUGUUUGAACAUCCACAACGGAUGGACGUGUUUUAUGAUGAUUCAACGACCAUGACAAAAGCCAUACAUUGGGGCGUUCUACCGGCAGAGGCGAGAUUCUCACUAUCCACGGCCUAUCAUUGGUGGCAAGACAUGAUUAACUGUGAUGGCGGCUCCAUCAGCGCUCUUGCAUUGUGUAUUAAAAGAUGUAGUCUAGCAAAGUAGCAAUCAGCCGCAGUGACCUUUCC